UUCAGCGUCGUUUAUAGACCGUAGGCGUGAGAGAGCAGCCAGUCAGUUGUCUCUGGUUUCAUGGGGCGGGGUGGAAGUAAACGAAGUCAAGCAUGGGACACAGAAGUUGUAUUUAAACACCGUCGAAAAAUACUUUUAACUCAAUUAUCAGGACUAAAUGGACCUAAAGAAGGAUAUACCAUCAACACCAACAGCUUCUGUCAUGGAGAGGCCACCACUUACCUCCCAUAAACGUGGUCGUCCCUCAGUGGUCUCCAGUAACCCUUCUACUGCCCCUCCUCAGGAGCACGGCUCAUCAGCUUCCACUGAAUCACAGACAAAAGCCAAGAAAUCCAUCCAACCAACCACCAAUGAACCAGGGCUAAUAUCUGCUGCGUUGCCCUCUGAAUCUGCCUCAGAACCAGACUCUAACAAAACACCAGCCAGCACUCCUGCUGAUCAGUCGUCCGCUCAGAUCACCAAACCCUCAGCCGUUUCCAAGCUGACAGCUGCACCUCCUGCUUCAGCAGGUGACCGAGCGAUGGAUCCUUCUGCUUCUUCAUCUUCUGCACCUGAUACGUCCUCUACUGCACCUAAGAAAAUCUUUGUCUCCAUGGCAAAGCGGGUGAUAAUGCAGGAAAGACUAAGGAAAGCAGAGGAAGAGGACACCCAUGAUGAGGAUGAAGAUGAAGAGCCUGAGGAGGAUUUAACAGUGGAGCAGAUUGAAACGAAGGCCCAAUCAGGAGACGCAACGGCUCAGACACAGCUGGGUCAGCACUAUCUAAUUCUUGCUAAGGAGAAGGACCCGGAGCAAAAUAAUGUUCUUGCCGUUAAUUGGCUGAUUAAAGCAGCUAAACAGGGCAAAAAAAAUGCAGCAAAAGCACUGCAGCGCUGCUGGGUUCAGAGAACAGGAAUUACUUCAGAGAAUGAGGCUGAUGUGCGCAAGUUAUCAACAGAGAGUAAGUUUGAACGGACAGUACGCAAAGCGGCAAGGAUGAUGUUCCUUAAACUCAACCCAGAGAGGAAAAACAAGGUGGCCAUGUCUGAGAUGUUGGAAAAUGUCAGCCAGGUCAAUGCAGUACCAGGUGGCAAUGCAAGCAAGAUUCCAAGUCCAACCACAGGCCAGACACAGAGAGUGUUAGAAAACAUGGUCAUCAACGAGUCCAAACAGCUUGUGGACCUGGACGACUUUGUUGAGAUGACAAAAAACUAUGCACAAGGCAUUGUCCCCUCUCAAAAUGUUAGGCCAGACCAGAGAGAAAGCUUUGAGCGUCAGGAUAGUAGUGAUGAGCACAGGCGUCAGUCUGUUUCAUCCCAUUGCAAGAAGUCACCCAAAAUUCCUUGGAGUUUCGGUGGAGGGGGGAUGAUGUUGGACACAGAACGAACCGGGGCCAUGAGGAGAGCCAUGGACAUGUCACGCAUAACGAUGCUGCAGUACCCAUUGCACACCUUUAUGGAUGCUAAAGAGCACCUGGUUGACUGGGCAUCCCGGGCUGGUGUCCAGUGGUUGAGCACCAUCAUCCCCACGCAACACGUCAAUGCACUUAUUUUCUUUUUCAUCAUUAGCAACUUGACGGUGGACUUGUUUGCGUUUGUCAUCCCACUGCUAGUGUUCUACCUCUCCUUCAUCUCCAUGAUCAUCUGCACGCUGCGUGUUUUUAAGAGCAGUAAGACGUGGGAGAACUUCAGUGCCCUGACGUCUUUGCUGACUCGGUUUGAACCCAGCCUGGAUGUGGAGCAGGCAGAGACCAACUUUGGCCUGAACAAUCUGGAACAAUACUUCUACUUUAUCAUCUCUGUCUUUUUUGUGAUUUUCUCAUUCCCUGUUGCUGACAAAGGCUGGAUCCCUUGUUCUGAGCUCUCCACAGUGGCCAUCUUCUUUACCGCCGUCAGCUACAUGAGCCUAAGCCCAACUGCUGCAAUGUAUGCUCGACAAGCAUUGGUCAUAGAGGUUGCGUCAUCCCUCUGCAGCCUGACCCAGUUUUUGCCAAAGAACAUGACUGCGCUUCGUUUUUUGGGACACACCUUCGCCACGCUGCCUUUAGGGGAGUCUGUGGUACUGAAGCUGAGUCUGCCCUGUCUGCUGUAUGUCUACCUGUUCUACUUAUUCUUCAGCAUGGCCAAAACGCGUGGUUUCAGGGGUACUUACUGCUUCUUGGUUCCAUAUCUGGUCUGCUUUAUGUGGUGUGAGUUCUCUGUUGUUCUCCUCCAGAAUUCCUCUGUUAUUGGUCUCCUCCGCACCUGCGUGGCCUACUUUCUCCUGCUGUUUGCGCUGCCCAUUCUGGUGUUGGGUCUUUUCAUUAUGCUCUUUAUUCAGCUCUUUAAAUGGUUCCUGGAGCUCGAGUUGACAAAGGUGAUUGUGACUCUGGUCAUAUGUGCUAUUCCUGUCACCCUGCGUCUCUGGACACGUUUCAGCACGUCCAUCUUGGAUGUGUUCCGCUCACUGACUCACCGCGGCCCCGUCAAACUCAUCCUGCUCUGCAUCUUCAUGGUGGUCUUUGUUUUCUCCAUCUAUGUUUACCACGCUGAAGGGGAGAAGGUGUAUAAUUCCACUCUGACUUGGAACCAGUACAGCCAGGCAUGUGGCCCACCCGCCUGGGAAACUAAAGGAAUGGCCCAGACUCAGAUCUUCUGUAGCCACCUUUAUGGACACAGAGUCACGUGGACUGGACGUUUCAAGCAUGUCCGUGUGGCUGAAACAGAAAAUGGGCCGCAGUCGGUCAUUAACAUUUUGCCUAAAUUCAUAGGUGAUUGGCUGCGGUGCCUUUAUGGAGAGACGUAUCCCAAAUGUGAGCCAAAAAAUGUCACUGUUACAAACCAAACGGCAGCAGACUUGGCAGCUGGUAUGGAACCGUCACACCAUUCACUGACCACGCUGCUGCGAAUUCAUGAAGAAGAAGAGCUGUGUCAGAUCAAAGCUUUGGCAAAACACACUUGCCACGUGAAGCGCUUUGACAGUUUCAGGUUUGAGGUGACGGUGGGGAUGGUCCAGGCCGAUGACCCGACCAAGGACGUAUUACUAAUGGCCAGCAACGAGUUCAGACAAGUUCUGCUGAAUCUAAACCCCGGAAACAUGGUAGAGUUCAGCACCAAGCUGGAGGGUCGUCUCGGAGCCAAGGCACCGGCCUUUGAGUUGAAGGCCAUUGAUUGUCUGGACUGUGUGUCUUCAGCGUUCACUGGAGGACGGCAGGUGAAGAUCGAGAGAAACUGGAGACGUACCACGAUGAGAGCGUUGAAGUUUGGAUUUGACUUUUUCUUUGCUCCCUUUCUGUCUGCAAACAUCAGUGCCUAGGAAAAUUGGAGCCUGAACAAAUGGAUGGAGUAAAAAAAAAACACACUAUUUUUUUAAAGCCAAGUUUACAAACAUUUUAUAAAUCCCUGAAUUUACUCUAAAUUAUCAAGAACCAGUACUGAGCUGGAUCAUCCUGUGUGUUCACACAGUACAUGUAAGAAGGCCGUCCUGUGUUACUGCUUCUCCUCUUUACAUAUUCAUGUACACUUUCUUACAUGUAUAUUUAAUGUUAGUAAGCACCAUACAUAAUUAUAUUUGUGCUUGCAUUAGCGCAUUUUCAAUAUUUAUUUUUGUUCGUUCGUUUUAAUUGAAUUUUUAUUUUUUGUCUUAAACCCUGUUUUUUGACGAUUUUUUUAUCAGUGAUUUAUAUCAUAAUUAAGGGUACGUUUUCUGACCCUAUUAGCAGAGCACUGGUAGCUGCACCCAAAACCAAAUCUCUUACUGCAAAAGUUUCUAAGGAAACAGCAAAGGGCGGGUGUAAUUUUAGCACAAAUUGACUUCAGAAUGGCCUGAUGUGAUAAUUUAUUGACCCCACCCUGUAAAUCUAUUGCAAUUUUCCUUUUUGUUAUUUUCGGUAGAAAAUCUUCAGUUAGGAAAAAAAACAACCCUUUAAUACAGUGACAAAACCUAAAGCAGUGUUUUUCAACCUUUAACAGCUGCAAUCACGUGACUGGAAAAAAAAGUCUCGAGUUGCCAAAAAUCUGUGUUGUUAAACACUUGUGUAUGUGC